CAUCUUGCAAGGUAGAGAAACUGAGGAAGCUAUGUUAGAAGAAAGCAUUAUGAAAUGUGUGGCGGGGAUUAGAUAUUUCGUGUUCUUGUAUUCUUUACAAAUCAAACAGUAUUUUUGUAUUCUUUUUUCAUUCCUUUUUUUCCCCUUUCCCACCUUAGCCAUUCACAAGAUUUUUGAACAGGGUUUUAGUGAUUCUUGGAAGCUUGAAUUUGUGGAACUUGAUAUGACUGAAAUUUUUCAAUGACCAUCUUGAAAUUUUUCUGAAUUAGGAUUUGAAACCUUCAUAACUUCAUUUGAGAAGUCAGUUUGGAUAAAGAUAUGAUUGUGAAUGUUGAAUUCCAUUCAAUGGUAUUCUCGAUUUUCUAUUUCCCUCAAUGUUCAGACAUUUCACUUUUGUAAGAGUUAGAAAAUUGAAGAACACCCCAAUCUAUGUGAAGCCACAGUUGACUUCAGAAGGUGGAACAUGCCGUCUUAGUGUAUUGGUUGGAAUAAGAAAUGAUCCCGAAAAGACAAUUGACUUUGUUACUGUUGAGUUUCAGCUUCCUUCUUGCAUCUUAUCAGCUGAUCUGACUUCAAAUCAUGGAGUAGUAAACAUUAUUGGUAACAAGACAUGCUCUUGGUCCAUUGGUCGGAUCCCAAACGAUAAAGCCCCUUCAAUGUUUGGAACAUUGGUGCUAGAGACUGGAUUGGAGCAUCUUCAUGUGUUUCCCACAUUUCAAAUGGGUUUUAGGAUUAUGGAUGUUGCUCUAUAUUGUCUGCAAAUAGAUAAACUGGAUCUGAAGACUGUACCUUAUCGUUUUUAUAAAGGUUUUCGAGCUCUUACCGAGGCAGGUGAAUUAGAAGUCAGGUCAUGAUUGUGUAUUUACGACUGAGUGACUUGUCAUGAUUCUGGACAUUAAAUUUUGUUGCAUAUACUCAGCUAGUUUGAUUUGUAAAGAGUUGAUAGUGUUCGCUUCUGGUUUCAAAUGAUUUUAGUAGUGAAUCGUAUAUUGACUAUCGGAAUUAUCAUGAGUUUAUGAGAGAAUCACUUGACUUUUA